ACGCAUGCUCGUGAUUUCAGUAGCGGCAUAAGUGUUCGGGUGUCCGCGAUACAACCAUCACGAUGGCCAUCCGGGUAUUAAUAGUGACGUGCUGUUGCGUAUUCGCGUGCGUCGCGCUAACCGCCGUUGGUCAGCAGGUGGCCAGCGGUGACGACGAUGACGACGGCGGUGGCGGUGAAGGCAGCGACAUGAGCAUGGACGAGUUGACGGCCAGGCCGGGGUACGCCACCUCUGGGUUCGGCGGCCAGAUGCCGUCCAAGCCGGCGUCCAACAUACAGAAAGUGUACAGGUCCGCCAAAGCGGUAGACGCGGCCGCCCUCAUGGCUGCGGCUGCCGCGAUGUCCGCCCCAUCCGAAAACGGUACGACAGACCUGGAAUGGUUACUCAAUGUGUACAACCCUCAUCGAUGGAACCCCAUCAAGUUGCCGGCAGCGUCCAAGCUGUCCGUGCAGUGCCGGGACACGAUGAAAGUGUACCUGGAGGCCUUGCGUGCCGGUUCGGUUUGGGCCUCGAAAAUGGCCGACGCCAGCGGACGAUACUCGUCGCAACUAUUUUUCGGCAAUGAUUUUUGGCUUGGAUCUCAUACUCAGUGCACAGAAUUGCAAAACAAAAUGAGCAAUCGAUUCGUGCCUCCGUUCGCUGCUACAUUCUAUAUUGCUAAGCUCUCUAUCAAGCUACACGACCAACUGACCCCUAAAACUAGAUACAUCUCUCUCGGUCUUUGUUUGCCAAAAGACUGUAGCCCAAUAGAAGUGCAAAACAUGGUUAACAUGCCUAAAGAGGGCAAGGAAUCGAGUCACCGGUCUUACAGUGUGAUCCACGUCAGACCUGUACCCGGUUCAUAUUCUUUGUGGUCUGACAAAAAAGUGUACCUACUGUUAACCUUAGUUGGACUCGUAACGGCUCUGACCAUUGUGGGCUCAGGAUACGAAAUGUCCCUGUUUCGACGAAAAGUCACAGAGUACAAAAGACAACAAAUCAGUCAGGCGAAUAACAACGAAGGUGAUACGAAAAUAGAGAUUACUUUAGAAAAGAUAAAGGCUAUGGACAAAAUACAGAUGAACAAGGGUAUGAAUGGUGAAGACUCCGAAGAUCAAAAUAAUCCUAUUUUUAAAGUGAGCCGGAGAGGACAGCUGCUCUUGGCGUUUUCGGCUAUUGGUAAUGGAAGGAAAAUUUUACACUGCGGUCCUGCGCCAUCAGAUUCGUUAACCUGCGUACAUGGUCUUCGUUUUUUGAGUUUGGCUUGGGUAAUAAUGGUGCACACUUAUCUGCAAGUGUUUUCAAUAGCAGAAAAUAAAAUGUUGAGAACGUUAACGGAGAGGAAUUUCAUGUUCCAAACAGUGAGCAACGCGACGUUUUCCGUAGACACUUUCUUCUUCAUUAGCGGACUGCUGGUUACGUAUUUGUAUUAUAAGUCACAAAAUAAAAAAGACGGACCCGAAAUCGCUGUUUCUAGGACACCCAAGUGUGAUUCGUCGGAAUUGAGGAAUGGCACUACUAAGUUCUUGAAACUUUUGGGUUACCGUUUUAUCAGAUUAACACCGGCGUACAUGAUAGUCCUUCUUAUGGCCGAAAUAUCAGCUCGCUGGCUACGCAACAUAUCAGUGUUCGAGCCGCAAAAUAGCAAUCAUGUGAGCUGUGCCAAUUAUUGGUGGAGAAAUAUAUUGUACAUAAACAGUUUGUACCCCAAAGAAGACAUGUGCAUGUUAUGGAGUUGGUACAUGUCAAACGACACACAGUUUUACGUUUUAGCAAUUAUUUUGCUGUUAUUCUCAGCCAAACAUUUUAAAGGAGCCGUUAUCGCGUUGCUGGGAUUCUUAAUAGGAUCUUGGAUAGUCACUAUUUCCGUAGCAGUACACUACGACUUUAAAGCGAGAAUAGAAGAACCUUUCGGGUUGUUCGAUCAACUGUAUGAUAAACCGUGGUCCAGACUGGGUCCUUACUUGUUCGGUAUGUUCGCCGGCUGGUUCUUGUUUGUUACCAAAUGUAAAUUGAAAAUGUCAACCUUGACGGUGGCACUGGGCUGGUUCCUGUCGCUGUUCACUCUGGCCUACCUGGUAUACGGUCUGCACGUCGUUCACUUGGACAUACCCGGAUCAGCCUUGUACGCUUCUGUCGGUCACUCGGCCUGGGGAGCCGCUCUCGCUUGGAUCGUGAUCGCUUGCUGUACAGGACACGGCGGAUGCGUUAACUCUGCUCUGUCCUUCAGACUCCUACAACCGCUCAGCCGCCUCACAUACUGCGCCUAUCUCGUACACCCCAUCAUCAUGACCAUCACGAAUUUCCAAAUGGACGGUCCGCUUCACCUACAUAAUCUCAUCACGCUGAUCUUAUACUUUGGAAAUGCGGUGGCUUCAUUCAUAGUGUCUUUCUUUAUUUCGCUUACUUUCGAAGCGCCUGUAGUAAACCUGCUCAAAAUCAUGUUGGCGCCUCCACAAAGGCCGCCAAUGAAAUCCACCAGUUGCGAAACGCAAGUCUCGUAACGCUGACCGAUUCAUAAUAGAUGUAUCAUCAACGAUUUAAAUAAAUCACUUACGCGCAUUUAGUUUAUAUUAAAUUAUUUUCUAAUAUUAAUUACGGUAUAUAUAUAUAUAUUUUAAAUGUAAAUUAUAAAAGAUAAUGUUUUCCAAAAAAAAUAAAAAAAAAACAAAAA